AUGUCACACUCUUCAAAUGAAGCUAAGAUUAUUCUUGCCCUUCAGGCCCUCCAGAAUAACCCAAAGUUAAGUCUUCGAAAGGCCGCAGCUAUAUAUCAAGUUGACCGCUUUGCCUUACGUCGCCGUCAAUCCGGCAUUCAAUCGCGACGCGAUACUAUCCAAAAGACAAGGCGACUAUCUAAUCAGGAAGAGCAGAUAGUAGUCCAAUUCAUUUUAGACCUAGAUUUGCGAGGAUUUCCCUCGCGACUAUCAUAUGUGGAAGAUAUAGCUAAUUCUCUACUUGCCAAUCGCAACGCGCCACCCGUCGGCAAGCGCUGGGCUCAUAACUUCGUCAAGCGGCAACUAGAACUAAAGACACGUCGAUUCCGGAGGUAUGACUAUCAGAGAGCUAAAUGCGAAGACCCGACUAUUAUUUGUGGCUGGUUUCGGCUUGUAGAGGAUACAAUCGCGAAAUACGGUAUCCGAUCAGAUGAUAUCUGGAACUUUGAUGAGACCGGCUUUAUGAUGGGCAUGAUUGAGCCCGGAACAGUCGUCACAAGCUCGCAUAGGCAAGGAAGACCAAAACAAGUACAGCCUGGAAAUCGUGAAUGGAUGACUGUAAUCGAGGGGAUUAAUGCAGAAGGUCAAUCGAUCCCGCCGUUCAUCAUUGGUGCAGGCCAACAUCACCUUGCCAAUUGGUACCGAGAAUGCGACCUCCCCAGCGACUGGGUUAUUGCAGUAAGCGAAAAUGGAUGGACCAACAACCAGCUAGGUCUUGACUGGCUGAAGCACUUUGAUCGGUCUACAUCUAAGCGAACGAACAGUCGCUAUCGCCUCUUGAUCCUUGAUGGUCACGAAAGUCACCACUCCGUCGAAUUUGAGGAAUAUUGCAAGAAGAAUAAGAUCAUUACGCUCUGUAUGCCUGCUCAUGCCUCUCAUCUACUUCAGCCUCUUGAUGUAGGCUGCUUUGGGCCGCUGAAAAAGGCAUAUGGUCGAGAGAUAGAGCGUCUGAUCAGAUGCUCUAUAACCCAUAUCUCCAAGACUGAGUUCUUUCCUGCCUUUCAUGCCGCCCACCGAGCUGCUAUUACAGAAAGCAAUAUCAAGGGAGGUUUCAGAGGAGCCGGGCUUGCUCCCUUCAACCCAGAAAAUGUCAUCUCAAAGCUUGAUGUGCAGCUACGGACCCCGACGCCUCCCGAGGAGGUUGUUGAACCUUCGACCCCUUGGACUUCAAGGACCCCAACGACAAUACUAGAGACCCAAUCUCACUCUAAGUAUCUGCAGGAAAGGAUCAAAAAUCACAAGAGCAGCUCGCCUGAGUCAAUAAUUCAAGCUGUAAAGUAUUUUGAGAAAGGACAGAGCAUCCUUCUACAUAGGAUAGCUUUACUAGAGGAUAGGAAUCAACAACUUGAACAAGAGAAUAAGACAGUAGGGCGACGCCGGAGGGGAAAAAGGACUAGAGUACAGAGAGGAGGGCCUUCGACUGUAGAGGAUGCAUCACAAGCAAUUGAUCAGAUGGAUGUUGAUACGCAGGUAGUGGCCGAAUCCUCGAGAAGUAGCCGUUGA